GUUGAAAUUCUCACAAAAAUUUUUUUUAAAAAUAUUUUUUUAGGUAAAUGUCUCCUGAUUUUGUGUGAAAAAUGUUUAAAGAGUCCUUAUAUACGUUACUGAAGAAAGAAAUGCUCGCUGAUGAGAAGCAAUGUGUUCCAAUAAGAUGUAAAUCUCUUGAUGAAUUGCUGUCGGGUGUAAAAGACUCUCCCGGCGUUCAACGAGGCAUUAUUACUGAGCUUUGCGGGCCUCCAGGUUCAGGAAAAACGCAAAUUUGCAUGCAAUUAUGCUACAGCGCCAUUCUCGAGGGCAAAAAAGCAGUUUUUAUCGACACAAAUGGCGGUUUCGACAUCGAUCGUUUCCUACAAAUCCUUGAACUGCGUUCCAACUUUGAUAUUUCUCACACCGAAUGUACUCCAGAUGAUAAUAGAACUGAAAAUUUCCUUAAAAAGUUGUUCAUUUUCGAUCCAACGACCAUUGAAGAGCUCGUUGACAUCGUACAAAAUCAAUUAAAGCAACUUAUUUCAGAAAAUCCAUCGAUAACUGUCAUCGCAAUUGACUCUUUUUCAUUUUUGGUGAAGGCUGUGCAAGAAAAACCCAAAGAAAAAUUGAGACAAGUUCGAGUAAUGCAUGAAAUGGUCUCAAAUUUGCUCCGAAUCGCACACGAAAAUAAUAUUGCGGUAAUUUUAACGAACGAAUUCACCACGAGAUUUGAUACUUUUGGGCAAGCUUACUUCAUUCCUUCAUUGGGACCCAAUUUUCAUCAUCGCAUAACCCAAAGAUUGUCCCUCACAUCGAACGAUCACGAAUUUUUAGCAAAUUUGGAAAAAUCUAAAUACAAACAGAACCAAAUUGUUAAGUUUCAGAUUACGAAGAGAGGCGUUGAAGAUCUCUAAUUUGUGAAGAAAUUCGGUUGAUAUCCCGCCAAUUGAACCAUCAAGUCCCAAUAGUAACCCUCGAGGAUGUGCUAAAAUGAAAAUUUUCAUAAAAAA